UAGAAAGGUGAAUAAGUUGAUGUAUCACAGCGGUUGGUAUUUCAAAAUUCUAAAUUUCUAAUUGUGGUUGAACAUUCCAAAUUUGACCAGAGAAAAAUACAAAUCAAAAAUCAAAGUUUGCAUAUAAUUGGUAAAGAUGAAGGUGCAAAUAGUGUUGGUGUUGGUGUUGGCAAUUUCGACGUCAAAUUCUUUGAGAAUUCUUGGCAUUUUUCCACAUCCGGGUGAAAGUCAUUUUCGGUUUUUUCAUCCAAUUUUACGCGCACUUGCUGAAGCCGGCCAUGAAGUUACAGUUUUAAGCCAUUUUCCAGACAACGAUGCACCUGAAAACUACAAAGAUUUAUUAUUGACAAACACGACUUUACUUACUAAUGCGGUUGAUUUAAAGAUGUUUGAAAAUCGUUCGUGGUCCCAACAUUUCAUGGAUUUCUUUAAUUUGCAACAACUUGGAAUUGAUGCUUGUGAAGUUGCAUUCAAUUCAACUGCUGUGCAGAAUAUUUUGAAAUCGAAUCAAGUGUUCGACGUUGUUUUAUUGGAACAGUUCAAUAAUGAUUGCAUGAUGGCUGUUGCCUGGAAAUUGAAAGCACCUGUUAUUGGCCUAAGUAGUUGUGUACUUAUGCCAUGGCAUUAUGAUCGCUUGGGGAAUCCAUCAACUCCAUCAUAUAUUCCUACGAUCUUCAUGGGUUAUACAGACAAAAUGAAUUUUAUUAAACGCCUCAGCAACUGGAUUACCGUCAAUGUAUUGAAACUUAUGUAUCACUACAUCACGACGCCAGCAACAGAUGAAAUAAUUCAGAAAUACAUGAAAAAUGACAAUGUUCCGUCCGUCACAGAGCUUGUUAAGGAGACCAGUUUGAUGUUUGUAAACAGUCAUUAUUCGUACACUGGCUCAACGCCGAACGCACCAACCGUCAUUGAAUUGGGUGGCAUUCAUAUCAAAGAAGAAAAGCCUCUAGAUACAGAAUUGAAAACUUUCUUAGACUCGGCCAAAGAUGGUGUGAUCUACGUAAGCUGGGGUUCUAUGAUACGUGGAUCAACGUUACCAGACGCAAAACGAAAGAGUCUCUUGAAAGCUUUCGCUUCUUUCAAACAAAAGUUUCUAUGGAAAUUCGAAAAUGACACCAUUCAAGAUCAACCAGAAAAUGUAUUCAUUCGAAAAUGGUUGCCCCAAAGAGAUAUUCUAUGUCAUCCAAAUGUGCGCGUUUUUCUGAGCCAUGGUGGAUUGAUGGGAAGUAGCGAAUCAGUUUAUUGUGGUGUUCCAAUGGUUUUGACUCCAAUGUACGGCGAUCAAUUUCGAAAUGCAGCCGCAGCAAAAGCACGUGGUAUCGGUUUCAUCGUUCCGUAUGAAGAUAUAACAGAAUCAACUAUCAAAAUCGCAAUCUCUAAUGCAUUAUCAUUGGAAACUUUGCAAAAUGCAAAAAAAGUAUCUUAUUCAUAUCGAAAUCGACCCAAGAAUCCAGUUGAAACGGCCGUUUGGUGGGUAGAAUAUGUAUCGGCGACAAAUGGUGCUCCUUUGCUGAAAUCACAUUCAACCAAUUUACCUGCGUUUAUCUAUUAUUCAUUUGAUAUCUACCUUACAAUUGCAACUAUUUUGAUUGCCAUUAUUGGUUUUAUUAUCUAUUUAGUACGCAAAUUAUGCAGAAAAACAAAUAAAUCCAAAACUGAUUAGCAAUAUUCGAGGAAGAGAUAAUUACUGAAGUAGUUGUUCGCAUUAGUUGAAGUGUCGCUUCGUCAUAUUUCCAUUCUCGAAAUUAAAAAAUAGAAUACCGGAAGCAAUUUUUAAAAAAUUCAUUCAGAAUUUUACAACAAUUUUACAAAGUUAUUUUUCUCCUGACGUAAAUUGUUACAAAACAGAAGCUGUUUUUUAAAUUAUCAUUUCUUUUGUUGAUGUAAAGUAAAUGUUCAAUAAACAUCAAAAUAACAUAAAAAAAUGUCUUGGAAUUAUGAAUAUGCAUAUGCUAGAAGAAUUUUUUCUUUUUCUUCACAUUUGAGUACAUAUAAAUAUCGUGUAAAAUCGCACUAAA